UAAACCCUCUCUGUGUGUGACGUGUAGGACCUCCUCCUCCGACACAGUAGCAGUAAUGGCGGACUACGACACCUUCGAUGAGCGGGACCGGGCCUACGGCAGCUUCGGCGGCGGUAGAGGGCCCCGUGGCGGCGGCGCCGGAGGCCCCAGGAAGCAGAAGGAGCUGCCCUCAGAGCCUCCGUUCACGGCGUACGUCGGAAACCUGCCGUUCAACACGGUGCAGGGAGACAUCGACAUCAUCUUCAAAGAGCUCAACAUCCGCAGCGUCCGAUUGGUCAGAGACAAAGAGACAGACAAGUUCAAAGGUUUUUGUUAUGUUGAGUUUGACGAUUUGGAAUCUCUAAAAGAAGCGUUGACGUACGACGGCGCCUUGCUAGGGGAACGGUCACUGAGGGUGGACAUUGCAGAGGGACGAAGACAAGAACGAGGAGGUGGCGGCUUUGGCUUCAGGAAAGAUGACACCAGAGGACGAGGAGGUUCUCGAGGAGCUCCCAGAGGAGGAGGAGGAGGAGGACGUGACACUCGUGAGGACUUCUACGACCAGCCGGGAGGAGGCUUUAGAGACGACGACUACAUGGGGGGGCGGAGUCGAGGCGGAGGCGGUCGUCCCGGCGAUAGGCGGGGUGGAGGAGGAGGAGGAGGAAUGGGGCGCUUUAGAGACGGACCCCCCCGCGGGGGAACGACAGACUUCAGGGAACCGUCUGAAGAGGAGCGUGCACAGCGGCCCCGGUUGCAGUUGAAGCCUCGGACCGUUUCCGAGCCUCUCAACCAGGUCGCCAACCCCAACUCCGCCAUCUUUGGCGGAGCGAAGCCACGAGAAGAGCACUGACGCGUUAACGCCGCCGCCACGGACCCGGCCGGACCGCGGCGCCAACAUGGAGGAGAAAUUAGGAGUUUUUUGUGCCCUUUGCUUGUUUCAGUGUGGAUCAGACGCCGACCUCCACCUGAAAAUGUUAGACGUGAACAAAUGACCAAAUUCUGUCCAAUAAAGCUGGAAGUGUAGAAGCUAGCUGAACCUGGAAGGUGUCCGUCUUUGAUUUGACUCGGUUCAGGUCUGUGUGUCAGUGUGGAUCAGGAUCAGGUCUGGGUCUGUAGUGGUUUUUUGUUUCCAGGACGGUUUUCUGAAUCAGCUACAGAAGACAAACACCUGUUUUUACUUUUUUUUUUUUUUUUUUAGUUUUCUGUUUAUUGCAAUAAAAACUGUCUUCAUCAUCA